ACACAUUCUGUGGUGCCUGUGGAGGAACUGCAAAUGUUCCUGUAAGACCACCAGUGCUCAAAGCUACAGCAAGUCUUUGCAAACUGGCUGCACUUCUCUACUUCAGUCUGGAAACAAGUCUGCAGUAUAGCCCACCAACCAGCCCAUGUAAAGGAUGAUAGGAGAGAAGCAGUUACUGUCCAUGAUACUAAUGUCUGUGCUGAGUUUACUGACACUACAGACAUCAUAUGGACAGCACUUGACAGAGGAGUCCUGCACUGUUCAGAUCCUUGUCCCUGGACUCAAAGGAGAACCAGGAGAGAAAGGACAAAAAGGAGCACCGGGGAGACCCGGAAGAGUUGGCCCUCUUGGAGAGAUUGGUCAAACUGGGCUUAAAGGACAGAAAGGCAUUAUGGGACAUUAUGGAAAAGUGGGCCCGAGUGGAAUGAAAGGGUUAAAAGGAGACAUGGGGGAUCCAGGUCCAGCAGGCCCUAAUGGAGAGCCAGGUGUUCCAUGUGAGUGCACACCAAUGAGAAAGAUGAUUGGAGAAAUGGACAUUCUUGUGACACAGCUCUCCUCUGAACUGAAAUUUAUUAAAAAUGCACUGCCCUCCCCUGCAGCUGUUGCUGGCAUAAAAGAGACAGACAGUAAGGUCUAUCUGUUGGUGAAGGAGGAGAAGCGCUACUCCGACGCUGAGCUCUACUGUCAGACAAGGGGAGGGCACCUGGCCAUGCCCAAGGAUGAGGGAGCCAACUCGGCCAUCGCAGGGUACAUAACCGAAGCAGGCCUGAACAGAGUCUACAUCGGCAUUCAUGACCUGGACCAUGAGGGUGUUUUCACCUACGUGGAUCUCUCUGCCAUGACCACUUUCAGCAAGUGGAGAAAGGGAGAGCCCAACAACGCCUAUGACGAUGAGGACUGUGCUGAGAUGGUGGCCUCUGGGGAGUGGACUGAUGUGGCGUGCCACCCUACCAUGUAUUUUGUUUGUGAAUUUGAGAAGGACAGUGUCUGAGAUCAGUCUGUGUUGAAAGGACUGCUUACAUAAUGGAUAAAUAUAACAAAAGUUACAUGUAUUCACUGUGUGUACUACUUCUAUCUGUAAAUAGGGUGACAAAAUGACAUGCAAGUUGUGCAAAAUACUCGUUUUUUCUAGUACUUUAUACUUUUCCUUAUAAUCCUAAAAGCUAUUUAUUUUCUUAAUUCACAAAACAUCCAGUGUUUUUGUUCUUUUGUAUGAAUGUUACUCAUUUUAAGUACACCCUUAAUCUCCUAUACUCUGUGAUUCAUCAGUGUUUCAUACAGCAUUCCAGGCAAUGUAUAUAGUUUGUAUGUUAUGCAAACUAUCCAACAAGCAAUAUUUGCAAUGUGGAAUAUCAACCAAAAAAGCAAAU